CCACCAUUGCUCUCCAUCCUUCCCAGCACCAUGGCCAACCACUUGGAGCUGAUCCAGGAGCUGCAGCAGCUGGACAAGGUGCCCAGUCUGGAGAGGUUGCGGGCAGCUCAGAAGCGCCGGACCCAGCAGCUAAAGAGGUGGGCAGUGUAUGAGAAGGAGAUGCAGAACAAGAAGCGGAAGGCGGAUAAAAAGGGACGAAGUAUUAACAGCCUGCAGCAGUCAGAGUGCAGGAGGCGCGUGUCGUUUGCUGCCAGCGUGGCGCUCCUGGAGGCAUCGGCCAGGAAUGACCCUGAUGAAGUUCGUUACCUGCUGAGGAACAGUGUAAGUCCAGACCUUUGCAAUGAAGACGGUCUCACAGCUCUACAUCAGUGUUGUAUAGACAACUACGAGGAGAUGGUGAAGAUCCUUCUGGACCGAGGAGCCAAUGUUAACGCUCAGGACAAUGAACUAUGGACGCCGCUGCACGCUGCUGCUACCUGUGAACACGCAGGACUCGUCAAAAUACUCAUCUCACAUGGUGCCAAUCUGCUGGCCGUUAACUCUGACGGGAACAUGCCCUACGACCUGUGUGAGGACGACUCAACACUGGACAUCAUCGAGACGGCCAUGGCCAACAGAGGCAUCACCCAGGAGAUGAUCAACGAGACGCGGGCGUCCACGGAGAGGAGGAUGAUAGAAGACAUUCAGGAGCUGCUGAGACAAGGAGAGGAAGUCAACCAUCAAGACUCUCAGGGAGCCACAUUGUCUGGAUGA